UUCGGGGGACGUUUUUCAGAUAGAUCUCGGUGAGAAAACAAAAGAAAGAACGAGCAUGAAACGCUGCGUAUUCUGCAGCUUCUGCGGUACCGAUUUCGAGUAAUACACAGCCAAACUUCUGUUAACCUGCAGUUAACAUAAUCCGAUGGACAAAAUCGUCAGUAAAUCACCGUUAACGAAUGCGCAAUUUCCCGUAAUAGAAUUAGUAAAAAUUCCGUAAAAGUUGAGGUUUGUUUCAUCCUCUCCUUAAUAGUAGGGUGUCCGUAAUAAUUGGAAGUGUAGGGACGUUAGGUGUUUGAGCGACGCACGUCAACCGGAACUAAGUCAGAGGCCUCUUCCCUCUUAAUAUGCCUUGACGUUACUAAGUGUCUUACUCCACAAUGAUGAUUUAUCCGAAAAUGUUUGCAGGAAAACUGCCCAAGAAUGCAAAAAAUCUGCUUUCGGUUGACGCGCGUCGCUCCCGGCCAAAACUCCGAAUAUUUGAGUAGUUCCUCAUUCUAGAGAUUUAGAAUCGUGGUUACGACAAACUGUAAACGUCAAACUUAAGUUGACAGUUUCUCAAAUUAGGAAAUGAGCAGAUAAAAACUGUCAAAGAGAAUUUUCUCGGAUGAACUGGCAUGAAUAAUUUAUCUCUGUGUAGAUUCAUAACGAAAAGACGAGUAAAGAGAAAGCUUGGAAAAAUUAUGCAAAUUGUCGUAAACAUGACUCUAAGUCUCACUGUUGUCUAUUGAAUAAAGUUGACUGUUCAGGGACUACACUCUUACAGAUAGCAUUGACACACCCUGUACCUCCUUUAAUUAAACAUUAACCUCUUUGUUAAUGACCUCGAACAUUAAAUUUGCUUUUUUUUCUUGUUCCUUUUUUUUUCACUUAAGACAGAGUUUAGACGAAUACGCCGACAACUGCAAUGAAGCUUUCCCAGAUAUAACACAAACAAUAGCUGCCUAGGAAGACCGUCAACUUCCCUUUGUCUACCAUCUAUCAAGUAUGAAGACACACACGUAUAGGCGCAGCUGCGGAGGAAAACUGUUAGUGCACUGGUAAGUAGUUUUUUUCGUUUUCCUCCCCCGGUGAUAAGCGAGCCUUUUGUGUACUGACUAUGCACUCUCCUUUUUGAAAUACCAUGUCUCUGGCAACAGGCAAUAACCCCGUAAACCAGUAUUGGGAAGUGACCAUUGAGUACAUUAUGCAUCUUGACCGUAAAAGCUUGGUAAAGAAAAGAUUUAUUGUAUUAGUGAUGGCCAAGAGACCUUUUUUUGUACGACGAAAGCGGAAAAUAUCGAGCCGGCAAGGUAGGCUCAUGUCGCCCGUUUAGGGAGCCAAUCUUAACACAAGAGUCGUUUUUAUCUAGCUGGAUCGUGGCACCAGCCUUAUAAACGUACAUUAAACGUUAGGUUGUGUUUUCAGGAUCUGAACACGUGCAUCACGACUCUGUACAAAGACCGCUGGCUUCAAAUAAACUGUUCAUUACAGUAACCUUACAAAGUAGCGUUCUUAGUAGCGUUCUUACACACAGCAAACCUAUGUAUUGUACAUAGUACACCAUAUGUAUAAUGGGGUCAUUACACCGCCCUGUAUUCCUUGUUCCCCGCAAUGAAAAAAGUACAAUCGAUAAAUAAACUGCAAAGUUUGUGUGAUGAAAGCGCAUUACAUAAAACAGGAUAUUCAUUAAUACUAAAAAAGAAUUAUGUGUUUGAGUACUUUCCAUUUGUACUUGUGGCAAGGGACAUGAGCCAUACACAAUAAACAGACAUUCAAUGCCAGGACGUGCUUUUAUCAAGAUAUUUCUUGCUCUCUACCCUGCCUGUGCUGGUAACCCUGUGUUCAUGCAUCUUCCCAGCAUGACUUGAACACCUUAUGAUAGCUGAAAAUGCCCUGGUCAUUAUGAUGAAGUCCUGUUUGUAUUUCCAGAAACCUUUGCAGGUUGAGUGUACAAAAGAUGAAUUUUAUUGGGAAUGGGACGUUUUAAAAGUGUUACAAAAAUGGUCGUUAAUGAAUGGUGGUCGGUUACGAGAGGUACUAGCAGUGGAGGUUUUAGUGAAUCUAGUUGCGCUGUAAACCUGUAAUAAUGAAUAUAUAAGUAGAUAAAGGUGUUUGGGGAGGGAGUAGAGUGUGGGGGUGAAUAGCCGGUGGAGGAGAGGGUGGGAGGCUAGAGAGAGAUGCCAUUACUAAUGGAUUUCAACAAUUGAAAAAUAAGAGACUGCGCAAGUAUUGACUAUAUGAACGUCUACAUUCUCACAGAUAGUAUUAACAAACCCCGCACUUCUUUAUUCAUUUAUCAUGCCUGUAGUUGCUGCGACAUCUAACGAUGCAUUUUAGUUUAUUUUACUUUUCACAGCUUUGUGACCAAGACAUCACUGUCGAUAAUUCCAUAGACUAACAGAACGCUUAGACUGCCACAAGUCACCAAUGAAGUCUGAAGACGCUCACCAAUGCAAGUAGCUUUAAGAAGGAAAAGGUAAUUAAUACCCGUUCUUUCUCUUCUUCUAGUAACAGUCGAGCUUUUUGUCUGACUACCAGCCUCGUUCUUGUAAUACUAUGUUUGUACAAACAGAUGGUAGCUAGAAUUGGACAUAUAAUCCAGUAUUAGUUAGUGACCGAAAAAGAAAGGUGGUUCGUUCUAGAUACCCUUCAGUUAUUGUCCUGCAUACAAACCACUGUACACAUUUUAUACUUUAGUGAUGAAAGGGUACACUGUGCCAGGAAAUUUGAUAAUUCGAGUUGCUCAAUUUCCAACAGCCAUACGCAACUAAAUAACCUUGUUGGCAUGACAACAACUUAGAUGAAAAAGAAAACCGUGUGUGAAGUGAUUUGUAUAAGGUUACUCGGCUCGUUCUCAAUCGGUAUAGAAUGUUGUAUACGCGAAGUUUAACCCUUUAUGCCCUAAAAGUGAUCAAUGUCAUAUUUCUCCUUGUAAUAUCAAUGCUUUGUAAAACAGAGUGGUCAUGAGAAUUACAAACCUGAUCACACAAGAUGAAGUCGCUUGAUAUUUUAUCAACCUCUCCCCACUACUUCUGUAGGAACUGAAUAGGGGCAACAAAUGAGAAUUCAAAUUUUGAUCUUGGGGUUCAAAGGGUUAAAAGAUGUUUAAGGUCGCACCUUGUCAGGGUGUGUUACAGAAGACUGAAUUUGGGAUCUUAUGAAACUGUUUUAAGGUUGAGCACGGAAACUGGAUUGUUGCCACACGCUGUUAGAUUCACUUUGCUGAAAAAAAUGUAGUUGUUUAAAUAUAAAUAUUUUUAUCCGUAGGUGUGCUGUACCUUCCUCAUGCGCACAGCCCCAUCAGUCGGCCAGCUGUUUGGACCAGCCUGUUAGUUGCGCUGGUAUAUUCAUGCACUUUGCCAUUAUUUCAGCAGCUUAUGGGACGUGCAUGGAGCUUAAGAAUCCAUGGUCACUUUGAUGCAGUCCUGUUCAUAUUUCUCAGAAAUCUCUACAGGCUGAAUUAGUCAAACAAAAGACCAACAUUGUCGGUAAGAAGUUUUUUUAUAGACUUUGUAAAUCCUAUGUGGAUUUUACUUCAGAACACGUGCCAAUCCUAAUGCCCGGUUUCCAUAUGAUCGCUCAAUCGCUAAAAAAAAAAAAAAUUAGUGAUCGCAGGAAUUAUAGCGAUCAUAUGGAAACCACUCCCCAGCGAUCGCAGCGACAACGAUCCCUGAAAUCGAACUUUUUCUAUCUCAGCGAUCGCUGGAAAGUGGUUUUCAUAUGA